UUCUCCCAAUAUGCCCUUUGGUCAGAAGCAGCCACCGCGGGGCCAUUUCCAGAAAUGCGUGGUGGGUAUAUCCGUCCUCGCGAAGGAACCAAAAGGGAGCCAGCUGUUUCCAAUACGAACGUGAGGAGUAAUGGGGUCCGUCGAUCAGAUAUUCCGAAACGACGGCCAGGAUUUCGGGAGAGAGCAUUUGAGGUCCAUUAAAGCUGAAUUUCACUUGCAGGAGGUUACCCUAUUUUUAAAACAUAUACCUGAACCCACUCGACAACAGUCCCAUAAACAGAGCGACGACGGAGAGAGCCACACAGAACAACCGAAAAAUAAAAAAGCACAGAGAGAGUUUCUUCUCGAAGGCAAUAGGAAAUGGCAGAAGCCGAGGAUAUUCAGCCACUUGUUUGUGACAAUGGAACUGGGAUGGUUAAGGCUGGAUUUGCUGGGGAUGAUGCUCCAAGGGCUGUGUUCCCUAGUAUUGUAGGUCGCCCUCGACACACUGGUGUGAUGGUGGGUAUGGGCCAAAAAGAUGCCUAUGUUGGGGAUGAGGCUCAGUCAAAGAGAGGUAUCUUGACCUUGAAAUACCCAAUUGAGCAUGGAAUUGUUAGCAAUUGGGAUGACAUGGAGAAGAUCUGGCAUCACACCUUCUACAAUGAGCUUCGUGUGGCUCCAGAAGAGCAUCCAGUUCUUCUCACAGAAGCGCCUCUCAAUCCCAAGGCCAAUCGUGAGAAAAUGACGCAGAUUAUGUUUGAGACCUUCAACACUCCUGCUAUGUAUGUUGCUAUUCAGGCCGUCCUUUCCCUUUAUGCUAGCGGUCGUACAACCGGUAUUGUUCUUGACUCUGGGGAUGGUGUGAGUCACACAGUUCCCAUCUAUGAAGGCUAUGCCCUUCCACAUGCUAUCCUGCGUUUGGACCUAGCAGGUCGUGAUCUCACAGAUGCCCUCAUGAAAAUCUUGACGGAGCGUGGUUACUCUUUCACCACUACUGCCGAGCGUGAAAUUGUGAGGGACAUGAAGGAGAAACUAGCCUAUAUUGCUCUUGACUACGAGCAAGAGCUAGAGACAGCGAAGACAAGCUCAGCAGUGGAGAAGAGCUAUGAGCUACCCGAUGGGCAGGUGAUCACCAUCGGUGCUGAACGAUUCCGCUGUCCUGAAGUGCUCUUCCAGCCAUCCAUGAUCGGGAUGGAAGCAGCUGGCAUACAUGAAACAACAUACAAUUCUAUCAUGAAGUGUGAUGUCGACAUCAGGAAGGAUCUCUAUGGUAAUAUUGUCCUCAGUGGUGGUUCCACUAUGUUCCCAGGCAUUGCUGAUAGGAUGAGCAAGGAGAUUACAGCAUUAGCUCCAAGCAGCAUGAAAAUUAAAGUGGUGGCACCACCAGAGAGGAAGUACAGUGUCUGGAUUGGAGGCUCCAUUUUGGCAUCUCUCAGCACCUUCCAACAGAUGUGGAUUGCAAAGGCAGAGUAUGAUGAAUCUGGGCCCUCAAUUGUUCACAGGAAAUGUUUUUAAUCAUGCAAAGAAAGUGGUGGGCAAAGAAUUUACAAGAUACAUUGUGUUUCUGAGAGGCUUCGAAUCUGGUGGUUGCGGACUUCCCUUUUUCUAAUUUAUUUCCCAUUCUUCAUUCAUGUUGUUUCUCUAUGUUUUUUCUUUUGUUAUUCUGGGACGGUGAACAUGGAGGCAAUCAAAUUAAGUAUCAGACUCAAUUUUUUCAUAACUAUUUGUUGUAGAAGGGUUGUGUAUGGUUACUGCUCUGGUUUGGGUUGAAACAGAAAUUCUUUUUGCUAUAAUUUAUUUAAGAGAUCUUAUGAUUGAUUAUAA